AUGGCGAUAUUGACCAUUCCUUUUCUUCUAUGUGCUGCCUUCGUCUUGAGUGGUGCAAUAGUCAGGGUCCUGUCCAAGGGCCCUCUGACACCUGCCAACUUUGACAACCAACAGCUCGAGACGUUCUCCUCGUUCGGGGACAACGUUAACCUGCAGUGGCUGAGAUGGAACGGCCGGCUCCCCAACGGAGCUGUGGAUAUCUACAACAGCUACGUUAGACGAAAAGACUACGUUUGCAAAUACAGCUGUAUGUCUGGGUUUUACACCCCUAGCAAAGGCCCCUACUGCUACUACCCCUAUGGCGAUAAAGAGCACAAGUCCCGUAACUUUGAACUGCUGGUUAACAAGGACAACUUUGAGUUCCUGGAGUGGAAAGGAGGCUCUUACGGUUCUGUGCCCAAAAAUGCUGUUAGGACCUGCUCCUGGGUGAGCACCUACGUGGGUCAGAACAAGUACGGCCUGGGUAAGGUGGAGCCAAAGCACAAGGCCUUCUUCCUGCCCUGGAAGGGACGUGAGUACUGGUACAAGAGCUACCAGGUCCUGGCCAUCAACAAAGAUCACUACACCCAGUCCAUCUCCAACGUGGUGUACGCCAUCAACAAGGCGAAGAUAUUCAACCAACCGCCUGAGACCAUGCGCACGUCCCGGGUGACUAACAACGGGUGCCAGACUGUGGUCAAGCAGGUAACCAUCUCCAAGACCACAACGGUGGAGAAAUCCUGGAACAUUGGCCGCUCCACCAAGGUGGGCAUCAAAACGAGCAUCACCACCAAGAUCCCUGUCAUCAACACCGAGCUCAACCUGGAACUCAGCAGAGAGAAGACCCUCCAGUCCUCCAAGGGCACCACCAUCACCGACGAGCAUGAACACACCUUGUCCGUGGAGCUUAAGGUCCCCCCCAACCACUACUGCACGGUUCGCAUGGAAGGCCACAAGAUGACCGCCGACGUCCCAUACAAAGCUCUUCUCAGCCGCACCUACAGUAACGGAGUGACCCGCACGACGUAUAUCUCCGGCAAGUACGACGGCGUGCAGAUGAGCGAGGGCCGAGCAGUCAUCGACCGCUGCCAGCCGGUGCCACAUGCCAAGGCCUGCCCCUGAAAGACUCUGAUGUUUUAACCACCUGUAAAAUCCCUUGGAUCAGAUCCCUUUCAUGUUCUGCAUCCUUAGGCUGAUCCCAUAAUUCCUCAUGUGUAAUAAAGACAGCAAAGUUUGCACAGUUUGACCAAUGGAAGUCAACUAAAAGAUAAUGGUGUGUUAUUGAAAUAAAUG